UGACGCUCCGCGAUGCUGGCGAAGAAGCAGGCGGGGAAAGGUGGCGGGGGCCGGGAGCCGGGCGCCCCGGACGCGGGGACCCCCGCGCGGCGAUGCACCCGCAGCGGGUCCCCCGGAGCCCUCCUGGCCGCCCUGCUGGCCUCGGCCGCCCUGCUGGCCUGCCUCUACCUGGGCGUGAAGACCAGCCGCCUCCAGGCCAGAAUCGCCGCCCUGGAGUCCGCCCAAGGGGACCCGCUGUCGGUGCCCUGGCAGCCGCAGUACCUGGACCAGCUCAAGGCGACCGUGCAGGAGAAAGUGGAGCGACUGCUGGCUCAGAAAUCCUAUGAACACAUGGCUAAAAUAAGAAUCGCGAGAGAAGCACCUUCAGAGUGCAACUGCCCAGCAGGUAAAGUGGAACUACGGAUGUAACCAGGUUUUCCUCCUAGCAUUUGAAAAAAAAAAAAACAGAAAAAAAAAAAAACAAACCAAAGUCCGGCAUCUGUCAAAUCAACCUGUAAUAAUCAUAAGGAAAGAAUGCAGACCUCAGUGGAUGUUAAUAGAAUCAAUGUGUCUCAGCCUAAGGAAUGACCCAGGAAAACUCCAAACAGUGUUUUAAGUAGCAGGCCUGGGGUUGUUGUUGGGUAGCUAAGGACUAUCUAACCGCCAAGGAAACUGCUGGCAGGUUGAUUAUAAAGGUUUUAAACCCACCACCCGAAAGAAAACAUCUUCCAUUUGGUUCCAUUCUUUUGAUGUCCAGUGAAAAGGACUAAGGGACAUACUAGAUCCUGACAUCCCUGCUGGCUCAUGAUUUAGUAAAGGUUUCUAUCUAUAUACUCUUGGACGCCUGACUGUCUUAGUAAACUGCCCUAAUUUCCUCUCCCGCCUCAAUUCUUUUCUGUCAAAAAGCUUCUCUCUCCUUUCCUCCAGCUAAAUAUGAGGACUGGAAAGAAAUGAGUUGUUUGCUUGAGCUCUUGAUCAUAAAACAUCACAUCCUCAAUGUCUGCUCCAAAAGGCUCUUAUUUUUAAAAAAACUUUUUUUUUUUUCUUUGCAACUCACGGGAACAGCAUGUGUUACAGGAUGGGGGAGAGAAGCAUGGAUGAGUGAACCCCACUGGGUAAUCUCUGCAGAUUUCUGGGGUUUAGCAAGACACCUGUAGAUCCAAACAAUGCAGAGGCUCUUGGAAAAUGCCCAUAGAAAAACAUUUGGGAGCCCGGCGGUAGCGCAGCAGGUUAAGCGCAGGUGGUGCAAAGCGCAAGGACCUGCGAAAGGAUCCCGGUUCGAGCCCCCGGCUCCCCACCUGCAGGGGAGUCGCUUCCCAGGCGGUGAAGCAGGUCUGCAGGUGUCUGUCUUUCUCUCCCCUUCUCUGUCUUCCCUUCCUCUCUCCAUUUCUCUCUGUCCUAGCCAACAAUGAUGACACCAACAAUAACAAUAACUACAGCAAUAAAACAAAAAAACAAAAAAAUAAAACAAGACAAAAAACGUCUUAAAAAACAUCUAUGGAUGUGAUUGGCAGACAACAUCAAUGCUGAAUUUUUUUAAAUAAAUUAUUUUUAUUGGGGGGUUAGUGGUUUACAGUAAAAUCAGUUGUUGGUACAUGUAACAUGUCUCAGUUUUUCUUGCAAAACACUUUCACCCCCAACCCAAGUCUUCUUCCCCCAAAAGGACUUGAAAGCCUCCACUCCUCCCCCCUCCCAUUAUCCUUUACUUUGGUACAAUCCAACAAACCCACUCCACAUUCUGCUUGGUGUUUCCCUCUUCUGUUCUUGUUUUCUCAAUUUGUAUCCAAGAGUGAGAUCAUCCCACCUUCAUCCUUGUC